AUGAGCUUUGAUCGCCAGAGACUAGAGAGCGAUGCAGCGUACUUCGCGCAGAGCUUGGAAGCUGCAUAUUUGCAGGCUGGCCGGUCCUUCAACCCCCAGGAGGACUGGCGCGUUGUGAAGAAGCGGGUUGACCCGCAGACCUUGUUUCGAGCGGUCGGACGGCGGGGAGGAUACCACCAGGUCUCUUCGGACAAGAGGCGCUGGUGGGAGAUCGCAGAGGAGGUGGGUAUUCAGACCGGGCUGGCUGGAACCCUCUCCUUUCAUCUCCGAGAGCUCUACAGAGAGCGAUUGUUGGACUUGGAGAUCCGGACGGGUGGUUAUACCGGGCCAAUUGCCGGUAUAAACGCGUCGACGGGUCCUACCCCUCACCUCUCUUCCUCUCUUCCUGCUCCUCCUGCUCCCUCACAACCUCCAUCCUCACUUUUUGUCCGCUCCGUUUCUCGCUCGUUCCUCCCCUUCACCACACCAGAAGAGGAACCAGAACAGUCAUCUUCAAGGAUGGCAACUCCUGCGGCCGAAGCCGCUAUUUCUGAAUCGCGUGGAGAUUCGCGUUCUCCAACCCCAGAGCCGGGGCCCCCCUCGAUCAUCAUUGAUCGUACUGGAGGGGAUAUUUUUCAUCGCUCUUAUAUGGGCGUAAGGUCAAGGAUUCCGGAAGAAGUCGAAGCUGGCCUUUACCAUUUGGUAAUCGCCUCCGACGUCUACCAGAACCAGUUCUUCUUUGCGGAUUUUCCGCUCCUCCUGGAGGCGUUACUCCAGCAAGUUUUAACGGUCGGCGAGCUUGUUCACGGCGUCGAAUGGGAAGUGAACUACAAUUACGCAUAUUUCGACGACGAGUACAAGGAAAAUGCGCGUUUUGACGACCUUUGUGCCGAAGGCACUUUUGAUAUCUUGGAGCGGCUUCGCCGACUUCCAAUCAUCUUCCCGGAAGCGGACGUACGGGAUGAUGAAACCGAAAAGAAGCUUCGUAUGAUCAACGAAGCAGCAUUGAUCCUCCGAAACAUGUGCCAGGUGGAUGUCAAUGCCAACUUUCUCGACAUCGUCAAUAUGGCGAGGGACUGCGCGACCAUCGUGCUCAAUCUCCCCCCGAUGUCAGUUUUUACGGAGAUGAAGAACCAUACGCUUGAGAUGGUUAUCGAAGCUUGUCUGUGGUGGCCGUUGUGGGAAAACGACCCUCUUUUCAAUACUCUUAUGGAGUAUUUGAACUCCAACGACCGCUUCCAGUUACUCAGCGCUUUGAGGGCACUGGUCAUGUUCUCGUAUGAGCUCGAAGGAGUGAAGAAGUUCGGCCUGCCAAAGUCUACACUUGUCAGGAUGACCCACAUGCUUCUUCUCGAUAACGACCCGGAAUUGGUGUCGGCUGUGCUCGAUUUUCUUUAUCAGUACGUUUGCGAGCCCGAUAACGUCGAAUUCAUGGUCAAUAACCUCGAUCUCCCCACGACUUUGAUCCCGCGACUCGUGACUCUCCUGCUUUAUGAUGCAGAACGUCAACACGAACUCAAGGUUUAUAAAGGUGCAGAGACACGUCCACCUCCAAGCCGAAUUGCGAUCCCUCCGCCACGGGGUGUCGAAGCCCUAUUAGAAUUCCAAGAACCUGAGCGCACCGCACGUUGGGCACAAUGCGUAUUCAUGGAAGAUUCAGAAGGCGAAAUCGCACAAAGAGCUGUCUGGAUUUCAUAUCAACGGACUUUCGCCGAAUUCCUCAAGCCUGAGUCACAUUCGCAACUUUUGCCGGCUCCAGAGUUCAUUAACACCGUCACUCACGCCUUCAGCAUUGCUCGAGCUCGAGUCAUCAACGAAGGUAAUGGCCAAAAGUUCGUUAUUCAAGGAAUCCGUCCUCGAGAAGUGUGCAAUGAUAUGAAUGGUUUUCCUUACCAUUACUGCAAGUGGAGAGUGCCAAAGCAACCUGCGUCGGCAUCGAGCGCUCAACCUCCUGUGCUCCCUCCCACCGUGGACGCGGAGCAAGGACAAGACGUGACAAUGUCUGAUGUUCAGGAUGCUACUGCGUCAAGCAGCCAGCCCUUGGCACCGACACCAAGCAGCAAUUAUCAUCCGCCAACUGUCGAAGACGAACAAAGUGAACAGCCGGCUCGUCAAACUCCAGCUUGGGACAAAGCCACCGUUGCCGGAGCAGAAGUCUACCGAGUAGGACCGCCAAGACCUCUUACUCCAGAAACUCUCAAGCGUAUUACAGAUGAGGCUCCGUCGCGCAUGCCAGAAUACCUUGAUUUGAAGGAUCUUACAUUUACCGGCAACAGUCUGAACGAUCCCGAAUUAGAAGUGUGCAACCGUGUGUAUGUCGAUCCGGAAAAGUAUCGCAAGCACGUCUUGCUCGUUCAUAUGGGAAUUCGGAACGGAGUCGAUGGCAAGUGGUACCCCUUUGACAAAUACAAGAAGGUUCCCGAGCCCGUGUGUCGUUUUGAUCGUUGCAAAGAAUUCAGCACCCCGACCUCAAAUCUUGACCAAGUCGCUGCUCACGUCUCAGGCCAUCUCCCGCCAAUCGUUAACAUGGACGAUCCCCCUCGCGAGUGGGGCAGACCAGUUUUCUACCCAAAACGCUUCAUUCGCUGGGAAUAUUUUGUCACUCCCCAAGACGAGAACAAAGAACCCUACGGCAUCGCGUACAAGGCUCUCCUCAUCAUGCGCAAUAUCUUGCAGAAUUGUCCCAAGACCAAGCCCAAAGGACGUUUUGAAGGCACCGAAUCAUGGGGUGUCGCAUUGUAUUAUUCUCAACGUGCAAAGUUACUCGAGUUGGCGGACCUUAACCCUACUCUCCGCAAAGAGCUUUUUGACUUUGUGAACGACAUUGACAAUUCUCGGUGGGGAUUUAUUUUCGAGCUCUAA